CACCAUCUUUUCCAAUAAUCUUAUCACACCACACCAAAAACAUCAACAUAUGGCAGGAAAAGGAUUAGUAAAACUUCUGGGCUUCUCAAUAAGUCCAUACGUAAACCGGGUUCAGAUUUCCCUCAAUCUCAAAUCAAUUGACUAUGAAUUUCUGAAAGAGACAUUCGGCACAAAGAGUGAGCUUCUUCUGAAAUCAAACCCAGUUCACAAGAAAAUGCCAGUGUUGAUCCAUGAAGACAAACCCAUAUGCGAAUCCCUAAUCAUAGUACAAUACAUCGACGAGCUAUGGACAUCCGGUCCGAUCAUCCUCCCAACUGACCCAUAUCAUCGAGCCAUUGCCCGUUUCUGGGUUGCCUAUGUAGACGACAAGUUGUUCCCUUCUAUGAUGGAGUAUCGCAUUGCGGCGGAGGAAGAAAAACCGGCUGCUUUGGAGAAGGUGAAAGAAGGGUUUGCCUUAUUAGAAGAAGCUUUUGUGAAAUCAAGCAAAGGGAAGGCGUAUUUUGGAGGGGAGAAUAUUGGGUAUUUGGACAUUGCCUUAGGAAGCUUGUUGGGAUGGGUGAAAGCAGGGGAGAUGAUGGCUGGUUUGAAGUUUCUAGAAGAAUCCAAUACUCCUAAUCUUGUCUUGUGGGCUGAGAAUUUCCUUUCACAUGAGGCUGUAAAUGGUGUCAUCCCCGAGACUGAUGUAAUUGUCGGGGUUGCCAAGCUUAUAGACGGAUCCAGGAAUUGAAAUUAGGGUCAGCCAUGGCCAAGUCUUUAACCAUUGGUGUAAUUUGCUUCUAUUUUAAUUGGAGAGAGGGCUCUUUCUUGUAUCCUUAAUCAUAAUAAUAUUUGUUUCUAUGA